GAUGACCUGUUGAUGUCGGUAAAAUGGAGUAUAGCAGUGGGAGUCAUUUCCCCAUCCCCAAAAUAUUUAAAUAAAUACGAUUUGGAAUCGAUAGCUGACACCGUGGGACAACUGUCAACCUCAUCGAUAGAGUUUGUGACAAUCGGUUGUUUUUAAUUCGUGGGUAAUCGCGGAAGCAGCGGAUACUGUGCGGUUGUCUGAGUGCAUGAGGUGGAUGGUGCGCUGGGGCGAACCCAAAAUAUUUUAGCAGUGCUAUGUUAGCUUGCUAGUUUAGCUAGCUUAGCUAGUCCUGACAGGCACCCGAUUCACAGGCCUGCGGAUGGGAUGCGUAUAUUGCAAUGAAAGACGGGACUAAAAGCGAAAGAUGUGGACCUUUUCAAACUGAUUAAAGUUCGUUAUUAUAUCCGUAUACUUUUUUGACAGCUGGCAAACGCCGUGGCGCUCCUGGAUCGCGUGUUGCUGCAGUCACUGCCAUUCUCUGUCGCCCCCCGGACCGUGCCAGUGGAGCACUCCGAGCGGGCAGACUGGCACACGGCGCGGCGGUCACCUCGGUACACAGACAGCUAUCGCCGCGGUUUGAUCUUGUAUCCUGGUCAAAACGCAACUCGCUGGAGAUACAAUUUGUAGCUAGUAACAGCUAGCUAUCACUUAAGAGACCCUGUGGUGGUGUGCGUAGCGCACCAUGGCCCAGACCCUUCAGAUGGCGAUUCCUAACUUUGGCAACAACGUCCUGGAGUGUCUGAACGAGCAGCGUCUCCAGGGGCUCUACUGCGAUGUCUCCGUGGUCGUCAAGGGACACGCCUUCAAGGCUCACCGUGCCGUGCUUGCGGCCAGCAGCUCUUACUUCCGGGACCUGUUCAGCACUGGGGGAGGCAGCGGCUCCAAGACCCCCACAGUGGUGGAGCUCCCCCCGGCCGUCCAGCCCCAGAGCUUCCAGCAGAUCCUGGCCUUCUGCUACACAGGCCGCCUCAGCAUGACAGUGGGAGACCAGUUCCUCCUCAUGUACACCGCAGGCUUCCUGCAGAUCCAGCAGAUCAUGGAGAAGGGCACAGAGUUCUUCCUCAAGGUUUCCUCGCCCAGCUGUGACUCCCAGGGCCUGCAAGCCGAGGAGGCUCCGCCCUCCGAACCCCAGAGCCCCGUCACUCAAACUGUUGCCACGGGGACUGGCAGUCGCCCCGCCUCCUGCCUUACCCCCCUCCCCCUCGUAACGCGGGUGAAGACAGAGCAGCAGGGCAACCAAUCAGAAGUCUCGCCCUACUCGGUGGUGUGCACUCCUGUGGCCAAGCGCUUGUGGGAGGGCGGCAGCAGCCGAGACGGGGGUGGAGGGGGCUCCGGUGGAGGCGGAUCCAGGAAGGCCGCCCGCUUUUCCCAGGAGUCUGUGCGAGGGAGUGCCAUCCAGAGCUCGGGGGCGCUGGCACUGGCCAUGGGGAUGGGGGCCAGCGGGGCGGGGAUAGGAUCAGGGGUCGGGGGUCACGGCAGCGGGUCCAACGGGAGUGUGGUCUCCAUGGGCAACGUGGCAUCGGAGGGCGCCAGCCCGGGCACGAUGAGCGCCUACACCAGUGACUCGCCUAUCAGUUACCAUGACGAGGAGGAAGAGGAGGAGGUGACGGAGGAGCAGACGGAGGAGCAGUACAGGCAGAUCUGUAACAUGUACACCAUGUACAGCAUGCUCAACGUGGGCGCCGCAGCUGGUGAGCGUGUGGAGGCCCUGCCGGACCACUCAGAGACCCGGGGUCGUAUGCGGGGUCGCCAGGACCUUUCGUCUCUCCCCGCUGAGCUCAUCACACAGAUAGGCAACCGCUGCCACCCCAAACUAUACGAGGAGGGGGACCCCGCAGAGAAACUAGAGCUUGUCUCAGGUACGUGUGUGUUCAUAUCUCGAGCCCAGCUGAUGAACUGUCAUGUGAGUGCAGGGACCAGGCACAAGGUGUUGCUCAGGAGGCUGCUGGCUGCCUUCUUCGACAGGAAUACUCUGGCUAACAGCUGUGGAACAGGAAUCCGCUCCUCCACUAACGACCCCAGCCGCAAGCCCCUGGACAACAGAGUGUUGCACGCAGUCAAAUUCUACAGCCAGAACUUCGCCACGAGCUUCAAGGAGAGCGAGAUGAACGCCAUCGCGGCGGACAUGUGCACCAACGCCCGCCGCGUCGUCCGCAAGAGCUGGAUCCCCAAGCUGAAGCUGCUCAUGGCCGAGGGCGACGCAUACUCCGCCUUCCUCCCCGACGCCAAGAUGGAGGCCGACGCCCUAGGGGCGGAGCCAACCUUUGAACCCAACUCCCUGGAGGGCGCCGAGACGGGUGGCUCGUCCGGCGAGUCGCUGCAGGGGGUGGGCAGCGACGGAGGCACUUUGUUUUAGAUGGGGAGGUGGAGUACAGAAGUGUUUAGAAGACGAUGCUGAUGAUGAAUACCUAUAUUUCCCUGUACUCCUUUCUUCUCCUCUGGUGGUGUGGCCCAUCCCCCUGACCCUUUGGCCUUUUGAUCCUCCACCUACGACAUGUGACUCUGAAACGUUGCUAGGGGAAACAGGGGUUGUUACCAGGAUGUUAACCAGGAAGUUAUGCUUUAAUUUUGAAAGCGAGAGUCCAAGCAAUCGUAACUUCCAAUAUGGUUUCUGCUGUAUAUUAGUAUGGGGGUAGAGAAAGGGUGAUGGGUUUGUGGGGAUGCAGUAUUUUUUUUAAUUUAAUUUUUUUGUUUUAUUAACCAAAUUCCUGCCUCUCCAUAUCAAAACACAUUCCCCUGGUUUUGAAUGUAGAUGUCAGCAGCAUUGCACAAUGUCAGUCUGAAGGAUUGUAUCCCAACCUCUUGAGGAAAAACAAACCGACAGAAAGAUAACUACUCUAUGGAUAUGAGAGACUGUAGUUUCUCUCUAGAAUGAGAGAAAGAGAAAAGGGGAGGGAGGGAGCGAUAGAAAGACCCCUAACCCACCAACCCCACACCCUUCUGUGACCAGAACAAAUGCCCUCAGUUUUAAUGUACUGUCUCUCUUCUUGUAGCUUUUCUGAUCACAGCUCGUUUCUCUGUUUGUAACAUGGAUCCAGAGAUGAGGACUACAGGUGUACAACCUGUAAUUGUAAAGAAAUCCAAGGGGAACAGAAAAAGAUGGUCAUAUUUUUUUGAAUAUGUAUUUAUACAACUGUUGUUGUGUACAGAGAGAAAGAGAGGGAUUGGUUUUAAAUCUGUUUUAUUGUAUUUUGAACAGCUGUUUUUGCAAAGAAAGUCCUGCUCCGAAAAAUAAGAUUUAAAAGCAAAUAAAUAAAAGUGCUAUUUUUGCAUAAAAAUAUGGUAUUGAUAAAGUGGUCAGAAAAGUCUUAACGUAGGACCUUUUGAGUUUUUUGUUUUGACAAACUAUUGAACUGAAAAAUAUCUGUUUUUAAGACAGAACUGGGCACUUUCUACCUGCGGCAAUCCAAUAUAGCUUAUCUUAUUAUUGUCAUUUUUCUCUAUGGAAAUUGUCAAGGAAGCCUACCUAUGUGGCUGUUCACAUCGAUGACUGACUAUGUUAUGCUUGCUAGCGAGCUAGCGACGUUACUAUGCUAGCUAAACUGCUUACUCGGAAAUCACGGCUAAAUGUAAAAAUGCACAGCUUGAAUCAACUGGUGGACUGCUGCAACUAUCGUGCUAGCUAGCUAACCCCUCUGUUGGUUAGUGACUGGUGGACUGCUGCAACUAUCGUGAUAGCUAGCUAACCCCUCCUCUGUUGGUUAGUGACUGGUGGACUGCUGCAACUAUCGUGCUAGCUAGCUAACCCCUCUGUUGGUUAGUGACUGGUGGACUGCUGCAACUAUCGUGCUAGCUAGCUAACCCCUCCUCUGUUGGUUAGUGACUGGUGGACUGCUGCAACUAUCGUGCUAGCUAGCUAACCCCUCUGUUGGUUAGUGACUGGUGGACUGCUGCAACUAUCGUGCUAGCUAGCUAACCCCUCCUCUGUUGGUUAGUGACUGGUGGACUGCUGCAACUAUCGUGCUAGCUAGCUAACCCCUCCUCUGUUGGUUAGUGACUGGUGGACUGCUGCAACUAUCGUGAUAGCUAGCUAACCCCUCCUCUGUUGGUUAGUGACUGGUGGACUGCUGCAACUAUCGUGCUAGCUAGCUAACCCCUCUGUUGGUUAGUGACUGGUGGACUGCUGCAACUAUCGUGCUAGCUAGCUAACCCCUCCUCUGUUGGUUAGUGACUGGUGGACUGCUGCAACUAUCGUGCUAGCUAGCUAACCCCUCUGUUGGUUAGUGACUGGUGGACUGCUGCAACUAUCGUGCUAGCUAGCUAACCCCUCUGUUGGUUAGUGACUGGUGGACUGCUGCAACUAUCGUGCUAGCUAGCUAACCCCUCCUCUGUUGGUUAGUGACUGGUGGACUGCUGCAACUAUCGUGCUAGCUAGCUAACCCCUCUGUUGGUUAGUGACUUGCUCCGAAGCAGACUACUGACAUCAUUACACAACAACCGGAAAACAUUUGGAAUAAUGGAAUGUGCCUUUUUUAAUCAACAUGGAUAUGCAGGGGUGGGUCCUGCUUAUGUUGAUGUUGGGAAGGAGGGAGUAGAAUGGGGGGUUUAAAAGGUGGCAGGUCGUUCAGCUUGAGACAGAGUUGUAACACACACACACACACGUGUUCCAAAGAGAGAUGGGGUGAGGUCAGGGGGAUUGGCAUUCCGGUGGAGUAUGUUGGUGUGUUUUAAACAGUCUCAUAUAUGUGCAAGAGCAAGCAUUUGUAUUCAUUUCUUGAAUGUGACUGAAACGUAUAUUUGUUCCUGUGCGAUUGAUGUGUGUGAGUGCGCUUUACGUGGAUGUGCGUGUGUGUGAGUGUGCUUUUACGUGUGUGUGUCCUCCACCUGGUAGUGUUUUGGAUUGGUUUAAGACUCCCUUUGCUGGGACACUUGUCUUUGUGAACGAUGACCUACACCAUCUUCCAUACACCUUUGCAAUCCAAAAGAUGUGAGACACCUUCAGAUAGAAAAGUGAUGUAUAGAGCGGACACAAUUCACUUUUCUCCAUACGGCAGAAAAGCAGGUCCACUCUAUGCAUGACAUUUCUGUCCUGAUUGCUGUUGUUUAACUCUCUCUCACGCUUGGUAAAUCCAAGAUGGACAAUGGUGGAUAUGUUAAAGGGGAGGUGAAGCACCUUUUUAAAUGGGAUGAACCCAUGUUUCCUGCACCUUUGAUAAAAGGUUUUGAUGUGUUGUGUGGAGAAUCAACCCAAGGGUCAUGCAAAGGCAUGGCCUUGUUCAAAUAUUUUUAAGUGGCAUCCUUCCUCCCUUUCCUUGAUGUAAGCACUUCAGGGAACGGACUUAAGGAAGGGUGCAUUUAGAGAGUAUUGGAACAUAGCCUGCGUCUCAGAUCUGUGGAUGUGGGAUGCACUGGGAUGACUCCAGUUGUAAAUAUUGGGACCGUUGAGCUGACUUUCUUUCUACGCUCGUCUAGCGAUUUCCUAUGUAGGGUGAUUGUGUAACAGUGUGGAAGCGAUGAAAGAGGACCGUUUUUUAAAUAUAUUUUUUACUUGGUCUCGCAUGUUGUCGAGACGUCAUGGAGACUGGUGUGUGUGUGUGUGAGCUCCCAGCAUGCAUUUGGCCUACAGGUCAGAGGAGGAGGAUGGUUGCUUUGGUCUUAAAGUACUGGCCUAAUGUGCUACUGAGUUGGUGUGACUGAAGGGAGGGAGAGAGGUGUCAUGGCUGUAGACUGUCUCUCCAUCAGAAUGUUCAUUUUUAGUAUGUUUUUUUCUUCUUUUUUUUCUUGUAUUGCUAAUGUUUUCUUUUUUCUUUAAAGAAACAUGUACUGUAAAGACCUUAAAGAAAUGCUACUAAUUGAAGGUGGUGAAUGAUUUACCAACUUCUUGCUGAAGAAAAAAUUGAAAAGGAAAGAAAGAUAACUGUACAAUAGCUAGACAGAGCACCGAUAGCUAGACAGAGAACUGUAUAUUUUUUUCUUUGUUUGUUUGUGAUGAGGGUUCCAUGAGAGGUUCUUCCAGGAGGUGAUGGGAAGACUAGGGCACUGUACUGUCUCUUGUCUAUUGGGGGGAAUGAUUUUUGGGGAGAUGGGUGGGUAGGUGUGGGUGUGUGGUGCUAUAGAGGUCUGAAUUACAAACUUUGCACCUGUUAUUGAACCUAUACACCAUGGUCUGAUUUCACCCUGCUGAACAGAUCCCAUGAUAUUAUGGACAAGGUCAGAUCCAGUCUUGUUCACCAUCCUGCUGUUCACAUGUGGUACUGGAGCUACCACCAGAUGACAGUAUUUCCCCCACAGACCAAGUUCAGUUUUGUGUGUUUUGGAGAGGGUUACUUCUCUUAGCUCUGAAGCACAAGACUAUAGGAACAGAAAGGAAUGUUUGUUUGUGUGGGACAGGACAGUUCAAGCUGAUCCAUCCUCCAUCCCUACAGGUAGAUGUCCCUCCUCCCCCAACACACACAUCUCAAGAGGAUGGACAAUGGCAGUGUCCAGUGUGGUGUAUAUAGGCUUGGAGAAGGACCUUUUUUCACAUAUACAUAUAUAAAUAUGAAUAUAUGUAUAGAUAUAUACUGUAUAUUAUACAUAGAGGCACUAAAGAAGUUGGAUUGUUAGUCGUGCACUCUCAGCAUGAGGUAUAUACCCACAAACCGCUUAUCGAAACCAGUGCAGUAGCAUCCCCAAUGUUUCUGCCCCUGCUCCUUGCCCUCUGUGACCCUGUAGUGCCAGUGCUCAUUCUGUUCUCAUUGUUUUCCAAGUGCCAAUAACUUUGUGAAACCCCUUAACUGUGACCCAAUAUUAUUCAAGGUAAUUGCACAUUAACUACUGUAAAGAAAAAUCAUUAAGAUAAAUGUCAACAUGGAUUAAAAAAAAAACUAUCUUAAUAAAAGGUUUGUAACAAAUGA